CGGUACGAGAGAGAUCGCCGGUCCCAACUCCCACGCAAAAGGUCGGCGUGGCCGCUCUCACGCUUCUCUUUGAUUGCGUAUUAUGAGUUAUCCCAUGGCCCCCAUGGCAAAAGAAUAACCAUGGUGUUACCCGUUGAAAAUAUUCGUGGCUACGUAAUUCAAUGUGUAUGUCUUAAACAUAGAGGCGCUAGUGGACGUAUUUUUCAAUAUGUCUUCUGUUAGACCAGAGGUUAGGAUUGCUUGGACUUCUCUUUGACCGUUUUGUACAUAAAUUAUUGAAGAAAAAAACGUAUAAUUAACGAAUAAGUAUUAUCCAUUGGUUUCACAAAUUUUGUGUUUUCUCAGUGCAGUCACUGUAUGUCAAUGCGUUUUUCAAAGCAUUAGAAUCAAUAUAUCUGAGUGUAUACAAGUUUUGAUACACUGCAAUUUGUUAUUUGCAUUUGUUAUAUAUACAAACUAACACAAUAUUGUACUCAAUUAAUCAAAUAAUACAGCAAGAUGUCUGAAGACGAAGUGGAAAGCUUUGAAAUUACCGAUUAUGAUUUGGAGAAUGAAUUUAAUGUCGCUCGUCCCCGACGCAAACUCUCGAAGAAACAACAAAUGCUGGGAAUAUGGGCGGAUGAUAGUGAUGAAGAUGAAUUGUCUGCCAGACCAUCUUUUAAGACUUUUAACAAGGGCCCUAAGAAUUAUACAGCACCAGUUAGUUUUGUCGCUGGUGGUAUCCAACAAGCAGGAAAACCAAAGGAAAAGCAAGAUAAGGAUGACGAAGAAGACGACGACGAAGAGACGCGGGAUUCUCAAACAAAGAACAGUAGUUCGAGUUCGGAUGAUGAAAAGCCAAAUAAUUCAAAAUCACGCCCAUCCUUUGCCUUGAAUUUGGACAGCGACAUCGCAGGUCUGCGUAAAAAGCGCAAUCAAGUAAAUCCAGUAUUGAUGAAGAGCGGAAUGGGGAGUUGGGAAGUGCAUACAAAGGGUAUAGGCGCUAAAUUAUUGCUACAGAUGGGAUUUGAACCUGGUAAAGGUUUAGGUAAACAAUUGCAAGGAAUAAGUGCACCGGUGGAGGCACAUCUCAGAAAAGGCAGAGGUGCGAUUGGUGCGUACGGUCCAGAAAAAACGCCAAAGAUUCCCGAGAAAAAGAAAGAUGACGAUGGGGAAGAAAAGGAUUCUAAAACCAAGGUAUCUCAAUGGCGAAAGGGUGAUAGCACCAAGAAAAAGAUCAGAUAUUGUUAUAGAAGUGUCGAUCAAGUUUUGGAAGAUGGAAAGCUGAAGCCUAAUAGAAAACUUCCUGUGUCGAAUGAUAUGAGUAAAGUUAAAGUCAUCGAUAUGACAGGACCAGAGCAAAGAAUUCUCAGUGGCUAUCAUGCAAUAGCAGGCGGUCAGCAGUGUCCUGACGAGAACAUAAUUACGUCUGAUAAAAAGUCUAGAGUGAACUUUGCCCUGCCCGAAUUGCAACACAAUUUAAAUUUGCUCGUAGAUAUGUGCGAGCAGGAUAUUAUACAAAAUGAUCGGCGGAUGAGGCACUUAAGUGAUAGAAUGGUCGCUUUAGAAGCGGAAAAAAAGACUUUAUCCAAAGUUGUCGACCAACAUGGACAACUGAUUGAUACCUUGGAUAAUGUGCUCGUAAUAAUCGACAGAUUGAUGAAUGAAACGAACGAAUUGUCGCUACAGGAAACUGCCGAGGCUUUCAAGAAUUUGCAAGAUAAUUAUUACGAGGAGUACAAAAUGUACGAACUUGGUCAAUUAGCUAGCAGUUUUGUAGCACCGAAAAUAAAGGAUUGCUUGCUUAAUUGGAAUCCAUUGAUGCAACCAAAACAGCCGAUUAAAUUAUUCGAACAGUGGAAGAGUAUUCUGGAGAAUGGAGCUACAACGCUCCAGACACAGACUAUGCAUUCGUACGAUCAACUAGUGUGGAAUGCGUGGAUGCCAUCAAUUAGAGGAGCCAUACAACAAUGGACAUGUAGGCAGCCUGAACCUCUAAUUGAAUUAAUAGACUGUUGGAUGCCGUUAUUACCCAGUUGGAUUUUGGAAAAUAUAUUAGACUUAUUAGUGUUACCAAAAUUAACAUUGGAGGUAGAGGAGUGGAAUCCUUUAACUGAUACUGUACCUAUUCACACAUGGAUUCAUCCUUGGCUGCACUUGUUACGAAAUCGUUUAGAUACCUUGAUUUAUCCAAUAAUACGUAGGAAACUUGGAUCUGCGUUAGGAGGUUGGCAUCCAUCAGAUAGAUCCGCUAGACUAAUGCUGCAACCUUGGGCAGAAGUGUUUGCCAAAGGAGAUAUGGAAGCGUUUUUAGUCAAAAACAUUAUUCCAAAAUUGCAAAGAGCCUUGUCUGAUUUUGUGAUAAAUCCACAUCAACAGCACAUAGAACAGUGGAAUUGGGUGUACGAGUGGAAGGAAUUAAUCCCUGUCCACAUCAUGGCAGGAUUACUUGACAAAUUCUUUUUCCCAAAAUGGUUGCAAGUUUUGGCACUUUGGCUCAAUCAUUCGCCUAAUUAUGAUCAAGUCACAACUUGGUACAUGAAUUGGAAAGGGAUGCUAAAUGACAAAUUACUAGCGGAAACAGUAAUAAAAGAGCACUUUAAAAAAGCAUUGGACAUGAUGACUAGGGCAGUCAGUGGGCCACAAAAUCAUCAACCUGGCGCACUAGAACAAGUUUCAUACUUGACAAGCUUAGAAAGAACUCAGCCAACAAUAUCGCAGAUGGCACCGAUUGCGCAGCCAAGAAUGGAGAGAUUAGCAGAGGCAGUACGAACAGCCUCGCAAAUUCCGCAGGGUUUCAAAGAUUUCGUACAAAAGAAAUGCGAAGAGAGAGGUAUAUUAUUUAUGCCGAUCCCGAAUAGAUACAAGGAGGCUAAGCAAGUGUACAAAGUAGGCAAUGUUCAGGCAUACAUCGACAGCAAUGUCUUAUUUGUAUGUCACAAUGGUACAAAUUGGAUGCCAACACAUUUAAAUGCCAUGCUAGAUAUGGCUGAACUUUAAUAAUGUGUGUCGUAAUACAUAUAUGUAUAUAUAAUUAGAUAUUUCUCCUACACGUUAUCAGAAAAGUUGAUUAAUUAUCGUACUACUUUAUCGAAUUUUACUGUAUUUGUGAUAUAUGUUAAAAUUUAAGUAUGCUGAAUGGAACAUUACUUUUGCAUUAUUGAAGCUGUAUAAUAUAAAUCAAUACGAUAUCUUAACACGUGUACAUUUUUGUUGUUUCCUAGAAGCACUUAAAUUAUAAUGUAUACGCUCGUUUCGAUAGUUAAUUACAUCAACUAAUUCUUAUUUAUAUAUACAUUUAUAUAAGUAAUGGUAACCAACGAGAAAACGGAAGAAAUUUCGACCCGCGACACCGACGGACAAUUUGUUAUCUUUGGCACAGCUAAAAUGAUCGGUAAUGUUAUCAUUCUUUAAUUACCUCCGGGCCUACUUGACGGUCACGAAAAUUUGCUUUUUGAAACUUUGUCUUCGACGAGGCGCGACACUGCUCGCCUCGAAAAAUGUACUUUAUAUUAACAAUUCUAUGUUCUUUAAUAUAGUACAGAGAAAAUUUUCAAACGUUUACUGUAACCUUCUCGCUCAACAUGCUUCUCGGGCAUUGGCGUGACUUUUCGAGUUUUCAAGAAAACGUGCCUAUAUACCAUCAGUUCCCUAUCUGUCACGUAUCUACGCCUUCUUGUUAAAUAUACAUUCUUAAUAAUCCUGAACAGUUUUUUGAUAAUUAUUGAAGUCUUAAUUUUUCUAACUUUGCUAUAAUUGUAUUCUCUUAUCGAAAAAAGUUUUUAACAACUUUUCAAUAAUUUUUUGGAGCAUCUUAAAUAACACAGAUUUCAGUCCUCGUUAUUUAUCGUUUAAUUAUGUUCUAAUAUUGUAAUUCAAUUUUAAUUAUAUUUUUUAUAUUUGUAAAAUAUUAAAUAUUUAAUAAUUGUUGAGCAGCAAACUUUACGUGGUAAUAAUUAAGGGCGAUAGCUAUAUUUAUAUUUCAUUUUCCGAAAUACAUUUAGGUUUUUCCGGAA